AGGCGAGCUGGCCGGUGGCCGCUUCCCCACUUUCCUACAGUAUUUCUGAGGCCUGCCCGGUUUCCAAUUCCGACGAGCCAGAGGAGGAGAGAGAAAAUGGAGGAGGAAUAAAAAGGGUAAGAAAUAAAGUGAGGGAGGGGAGAGUCCCAUUUCGCCAAGUACACGAGAGAGGAGGGAGCAGAGAGCACACUACGAGAGAGAGAAGAGAGAGAGGGAGGGAGGGAGGCAGCAGGGGCUGCAGCAGAGCGCAGAAGCAUUAGAAGCGGCAGUCGUAACCAAGUGGCAUCAGUAGAUAGAGCCAGCCAUCUAUCUAUCCAUCCAUCUAUCUAUCUAUCUCUGCAGGUAUAAAUCCUCACGCAUCGGUAGGAGGGCGAGAGGGAGACGGGAGGGGGAGGCCGCCACCAGGCCAACUACCAAGUGGGGAUUUCUCGGGUGCGGAGUGACGGGGAGGAGCUGAUUGGGCUCCAGGGCGCGAUCUUUGAGCGCAGAUUUGGUGUUUGCGAUCUACCAUGGAUUCGAUCUAGAUCGCAAGAACGAGUUUGCUAAGCAAGCAAAGAUUUAUUUUUGUGGAUCAAUCUUAGAAGAGGAGGAAGUAAAACAAGGAAAAAAAAUUCGGGGCACGGGAGAAGUCAUGAUGCUGGAGGGGAAGUCCUGCCUCGUGUCGCGCUCCCUGCCGAGCUCCUGCGAGCCGGAGUCCGAGUGGGCGUACCUCGCGCACGAAGUCCUCAGCGGCAAGCGCCCGGCGCCGGAAGAUGUCGAGGUCGAAGACCUGGAUGAAGCUGACGGCGGCGGCGGCAAGCGCAGCAAGCCGCCGUCUCCGCAGCCGCACACACCGGACAUCUCUGAGAGCCGCGGCUCCAGUCGCCAUGCCUCCGGUGGUGGAGAGCAGCAUGGCACUGGGAGCAACCUCAUUAGUUCAAUCGGUCGUGACCUGACCAUCAAUUGCGUCCUCCGGCUGUCCCGGUCGGACUACGGCUCGGUGGCAUCCCUGAGCCGCGACUUCCGCUCGCUGGUGCGCAGCGGGGAGAUCUACCGCCUGCGGCGGCAGAAUGGGGUGGCGGAACAUUGGGUCUACUUCUCUUGCAAUGUUCUUGAAUGGGACGCCUAUGACCCAUAUCGGGAGCGCUGGAUCCAAGUGCCCAAGAUGCCGCCAGAUGAAUGCUUUAUGUGCUCUGACAAGGAAUCACUUGCUGUGGGCACUGAACUGCUUGUGUUUGGGAUGGCACGUAUUGUCUUCAGAUACAGCAUCCUAACCAAUUCAUGGACGCGGGCUGAUGCAAUGAACUCUCCCCGUUGCCUGUUUGGGUCAACAAGUGUUGGGGAAAAGGCCUACGUCGCAGGGGGCACUGAUUCUUCUGGUACAAUACUAAGCUCUGCAGAGAUGUAUGACUCUGUGACACAUACUUGGAUGACCCUCCCCAGCAUGAAUAGGGCAAGGAAGAUGUGUUCUGGGGUUUUCAUGGAUGGCAAGUUCUAUGUGAUAGGUGGCGUGGCCAACAACAACAAAGUACUGACUUGUGGGGAGGAGUAUGAUUUGAAGAGGCGUUCUUGGAAGGUCAUCGAGAACAUGUCUGAGGGCCUCAAUGGAGUGACUGGCGCUCCUCCACUUAUUGCAGUUGUCAACAAUGAGCUUUAUGCUGCUGAUUACAGUGAGAAGGAUCUCAAGAAGUAUGAUAAGAAGAACAAUAAGUGGAUCACUCUUGGAAAACUGCCUGAACGAUCUGUGUCAAUGAAUGGGUGGGGCCUUGCUUUCCGAGCAUGUGGUGACCGGUUGAUUGUCAUCGGAGGCCCAAGGACCUAUAUUGGUGGUACUAUUGAGCUCAAUUCUUGGAUUCCGGAUGGGCGACCACCUGUGUGGAAUUUGAUUGCCAGACGGCCAUCUGGGAAUUUCGUGUAUAACUGCGCCGUGAUGGGUUGCUGAGUCCACUGCAUAAAAGAUAAAUGCAGUGGAUAUUUAUGAAGGAUGUUAUUCACGGAGGCAGCCUGUCUGAUUGCUUCCCUUAUUCUUCGUAGCAAUUUCUGCCUUCUGCCCAGUUUCAGACUUAACUGGACAUCAGCUGAGCCACAGCAGUCUCAUGUAACCCUGUGUUCUAAUACUUCUGUUUCCCUGCUAAUCCAUUCCUACAUUCGCAUUUGGAUCCAACUGCCCGUGAUUUCAAAGAUACAAGACUAUGCAAAACAAAUGUCAUAUUAAUAAUCUAGAAACAGCUUCCAGAUGGUUUUUCUCUAUUGAUGAGGAACCUGUUAAGAAAUACUUGAUUCGCUUGUAGCUGCAACAAAUGCUAAUGUUUUCAUCUAUCUUGCCUGCUUCAUAA